AGGUAGUUGAAAUGGCUUCAACGUUUGUAGAAAUUAUUUGUGGUGUAACGUCGACGGGUGGGUGAUAAUUGAGAUAUGGUAUACUUAAGAAUGAGGCAAGUGAGAUUAAAGCUGGUGGUGAAGAUUCCUAUUUUAGCGCUUGGAAUACUGGGAAUUGCAUUUGUUACGAUCAAUAUACUACACCUAUACCAUUGUAGUAUCACAUUCGAUAUUAAUAGUUACGAAAAUGUUACUUACUUGUUACGAAAAAGUAAUUCACAUCCUUUACCUGGUGGUGAUCUGCUCCCAGAGGUAGAUUAUAAAACUCUUGUAAACAUAAAUUUUACGUUUACAACCUUUAAUUUGAUAUGUGAAAAUACAACACCACUAUUGCUUAUUUUAGUUCACAGUGCCCCGAAAAACUUUGCAAAACGAAUAGUUAUAAGAGAAACUUGGGGAAAAAGUGAAGAAAACGUUAAGAUUCUUUUUCUUCUUGGAACAACUGAUGAUAUCAAGAUAGAAAAAACAUUACAACAGGAAAAUUACGCACAUAACGAUUUAUUACGAGGAAAUUUUUUAGACUCGUAUAAGAAUUUGACAUACAAACACCUGAUGGGUCUUAAAUAUGUAAUUUAUCACUGCUCUCAAGCGAAAUAUAUUCUCAAAGUCGAUGACGAUGUAUGUGUUAAUUUGCCUACAUUAAAAAAUUUUCUAAUUAGAGAUUUGUCACCUUAUGGUGCAACAAAUCUACUUAUGUGCAAUGUCGUUCGAAAUUAUAAGGCGUUAAGAAGUUACCGAACCAAAUGGAGGGUCACCCGUGAGGAAUACAAAGAAAAAUUUUAUCCACCAUUCUGCCUUGGAUGGUGUAUUCUUUACUCACCGGAUGUAGUUCUUCGAAUAUAUGCAGAAGCACAGCGCACAAGGUUUUUCUGGGUUGAUGACGUAUUUGUUACUGGUGUACUUGUAUCUAAAUUAGAUUCUAUCAUUCAUACUGACAUAUCUCCUCUAACACUUUCUCUUAUGGAAAUUCUACAUCCAGAUAAAUGCAGGCCCUUUCUGUUCGGACGGGCCGAUAUGAGCGAAAGUGGAAUUAGGUCAUUGUGGAAAGAUAUUCAAGAUAACCCCGUGCCGCAAUCAGUUUCCAAUCGUUUAAUAACUGGAAGUUACAGAGGCAGAAGUACAUGAAAGUAAGGUUGGUGAUAAGCAGAAAAGCUGAAGUGGUACUAUGAUUAGAUUCAUUUUAUUGGAGGCAUGAAUCUUCUUGCAAAUCAAGUAAAAAUAGAAAUUUCUCAGACUGAUAAGUGGCUCACUUGGAGAUUUUCCAGUAUGGCAUAUUUUAAAACAAAUGACAUCGCAACCAGAUGUGGUAUUAUGAAUGAUAAAUUGGAUAUCCAAUUUAAGUCUAACUAGCUAUUACUUGGUUCAGAGAAAUUAUAGAUAAAGUUUAUUAAUACAAAUAAUUAGAAUCAGACUAAAUUUAAUUAACUGAA